AUGAUUAUCUCGCCUCACCAACGAACUGCUUGUAUGACAGAUUUCAACACGGGUAACCGUCCAAUGCAUGCCUUACGACAACAACCUGUUGAAGCAGUUCUCAACACGCUUCCGGAUGAAGAGACGUGUUGCUUCCUGCGAUAUUAUCCUUGCCUCUUACAGAAUUAUAGUGCUAAUGUAUCAAUCUCGGUGUUGCAGUUUACGCAUACAAAGCGGAAGACAUCACGUCGAAGGGGACUAUCAGUGCUCAGCAGUGGUGCGCGGUGUGCGCAUCUCGAAUGGUCAGCACAUUGA